AUGAGGGUACUCUGUCCAAAUGUUGAUAGAGAAGACGCAUUGGAAACCAUUCUUGAUGUACCGAUACCGGAAGAGAUGUUUACGAGCAUGGGAAAUAGUGUCGCUCUACGAUGGCAAAACAUGGCUACAUGGAUGAGGGCACAAACGUUGGACAAAUGGUCGUCACCCGUCAUAGCUAAUAGUUAUAACGAGCUUACGUUUUUGCUUUAUAUAGUCGGGUGUCCACUUCUUCCCCUUCAGAUCCAACUAGACAAUUCAAGCGCACGUUCCAUUAGUAAUUCUUCUAUCGAAGCAUCAACUGCGAAAUAUAUAGUGCAACAGUACAUGGCUGCAAUAGGGGGACAGCCAGCUUUAAACUCGGUACAAAGUUUGUGUGCUAUCGGUGAAGUGAAGAUCAGUGCAUCAGAUUUUCAUCAAGGAGAUGAAACCGUGAAAGCAAGAAGCAAAGAAGAGACAGGAGGAUUUGUUCUUUGGCAAAAGAAUCCAAAUUUAUGGUGUAUAGAGCUACUAGUUUCCGGUUGCAAAGUUAUUUCUGGAAGUAAUGGCAAGAUUUCUUGGAGACAAUCUUCAAACCAAUUAAAACCUAUGACCAAAGGUCCUCCUCGUCCUCUUCGUCGAUUUCUUCAGGGUUUGGACCCAAGAUCAACAGGAGAUUUGUUUCUUCAAGCAGUAUGCAUAGGAGAAAAGAUCAUAAACGACGAGGAAUGCUUUAUACUAAAGCUUGAUACAAGCCAAUCUGAUCUAGAGGCACAAGCAGACCCAAAAUAUGAGAUCAUACAUCACACAAUCUGGGGUUACUUUAGUCAAAGAUCAGGUCUUCUAGUUAAGUUUGAGGACUCAAGAUUGUUAACUGUGAAUAGUGAAGAUGGGGAAGGCAUUUUCUGGGAAACCAGCACAGAAACAGUGAUCGAGGAUUAUAAGUAUGUCGAUGGUGUUAACAUCGCACAUCGUGGCAAAACUUCCGUAACGAUUUUUAGAUACGGAGAACAGUCAUCAAAUCAUAAAAGAGAACUUGAAGAAAAAUGGAAGAUUGAAGAGGUUCACUUUAAUGUUUGGGGAUUGAAUAAAGAUUUCUUUACACCUCCUCCCGAGUUCACAGAAGAGAGGUAAACAACUUUAUGAUCAUGGUGAAAAGCGGUUAUGUUGUAAAUAUGGAAAUGGAGGAGGUUCUGCAGUUCUUAUUAACACAUGCCAAACUUGGUUUUUGACCAAAUUUUUGUUUUUACUUUUCUUAGUUUUAAGAUGCACUGUAAUUGUUCAUCAGAUUCUACUGAAGUGGUGGAUGUUGUGGACACAAGGGUUGUCAGAACAGAGCUUUUGAUGCUUAAUUUUGCCAAAAGAGAGACUGUUUGA